AUGAUUGCCAAUGUUACCCCGCCCAUUAAUUCUAGUGUCGAUUUAUCAACGACCAAAAUAAGUGUCAAUUUCUUUUUGCCCGUUUAUUUGUCAACUGGCAACAUCACUAUCUACAAAGCCUCUGACCACAGCAUUAGGCUGAGAGUUUCAGCAAACUCUGAGUUCUGUAAACUUAGUAAUGGUGGAAGGGUUGUCAAUAUAAGUAUUAUUGAUAGCACAUUUAAUGAGUACGGAGAAAAAUAUUAUGUGAAAAUGGGUAAUAAUUUUGUCAAAGUUAGACUUUUUAAUGAACCCUUAAGAGGAAUUGAAAGUGAAGGUUUGAUUUUUAAAUCAGUUUAUAAAGCGUCUCCUUCAGAAACUGCUGCUACGGGUUUAGCAGUUCUCACUAUGGAUGCUUCAAAAAAUUCUUAA